AUGAAUAACGUGUUUUAUAUUCCUCAACAGCGGGUACUAAAUGAUUUACCGCCCUUACGAGUUUGUCUAGGUCCUGCAGAGAAUAGUGAACAGGAUAAUGAGUAUCCCAUUUGCAUAAAAAAAAGCACCUCUCCUUGGUGUACUUGCACUGCUCAAUGGGUAAUAUCCAACCCUUCUCCGAAUAACGAAUUGUUGACAGGAUUCAUCCGAGAAAGUGACACGUUACACAUCCCUAUUUCUACCUACGUCUCUAAUAUUGAAGGUCAUUUUCACGACAUGAUGUACCAAUUGACCGCUACGGACGAUGAAGUCAG